CGUUGACAUCGAAGAGUUCAGUAGAAUAGUGUGAAGUAAAAGUUAAUUAAAAACAAAAAAUGUUCACAUCAAAAGUCUUCGUCUUUGCGAUGUUAUUAAUCAGCGUCAGCUGUAGAUACUUAAAUGAAGACCAAAGGCCGUAUCUAGUCAUUGAAGAUGAUGACAGCAUUAGAAUAUUUGCUUUGGAAGAUGAAGCUGAUGAUGAAGUGGAAGAAUUGCAUCCAGUUAGAGUUAGAAGACAAGCACAUGGCAACAUCAACACAAACCCAGAUGGAAGUUCUAACGUUGCUGCGAAGAUACCAAUAGCCCGAGGUGACAGUAAUGUUUUGAGCGCUAUAGGUUCAGUUAAUGCCGCUGACGGCAAGGGAGGAUUCGGCUCAGCUGGUGCUGGCUUGGCUUGGGAUAACAUUAAGGGCCAUGGAGCAACUUUAACCGGUAGCCGCAUCCCCGGGGUUGCCGAUCAGCUGACUGCAAGCGGCAAGGCUAACAUCUUCCACAACGACAAGCACGAUCUCACCGCCAGUGCAUUCGCCACAAGAACUUUCCCAGACAAACCGAACUUCCCUACUUUCGAUACUUAUGGCGGAAAAGUUGGAUACAUGUACAAUGACAAGAUCGGAGCAACCCUGGGAGCAGCACACACAGAUCUAUUCAAGAAGACCGACUACUCAGCAAUGGGUAACCUAAACCUGUUCAAGGAUCGCACCUCCUCCUUGGACUUGAACGCGGGCUGGAGCAAGUCCGUCUCCCCUUACUUACCCAGCAAUAGAUGGGAGCCCAGUGGUGGUAUUUCUUUCACCAGAUUCUUCUAAGCAAGAAGACUAAAGUAAUUAAGUGUUGUUUAUUGUAGAUUUUUUGUAAAUAAAUAGAUAUGUAGUUA